CACCACCGCAGCGCACAUCCCAAUCACUGCUGGAGUCCGGCGUGACACACAAAGGAACUAGACUAACGCUGUGUGACGCAGACCUACUUCUCUUGACGUAGGCGUGGCUUGAAGCGAGAUUGAGGCAUACUGGGCGGAGUUUAAAAUGUUUUUGAGACUUCAAUGUGAGGGAGUCCUGGCAGUGCUCUCCUGAACCUGACGAGUGGUGUCUGAGCUUUCACGUGACUGUGGCGGUAAAAGGAGCGGCGAGUCAGCUCCCCCUGACAAAGCAACCUGCGUAGGACUGCAGGCUGAGUAACAUCUUACUGCUGCCACAGGGAUGGAGCUGUCACGCUUGGCUGUAAUGGUUUUGGUCACGAACAUGUCACCAGCCCUCGCAUCGUCUGUCACAUCUCUCCUAGGGUCCAGCUUCGGUGUUGAAUUUAUGAGGCAAAACAGAGACUGGAACGCUGAUCCUCACGAGAAAUUUAUUGGAUACGGAAGUAACAGCAGUACCAGCAGCAGCAGUAACGGGAUGGAACUCGGUGUUAGGCGUCAACUGAUCGACUUCCCUGACGAUGCUAUUAUGGGAUUCUAUUUCAAGUUGGUGGUCCCUUACUGGAGCCUCCCUAAAGUUUCCACCAAAGGGGAUUACCGAGUGGAGAUUACAUACGAGCUUCCAAAUUCCCUCGGAAGACGCCGCAAGAAACGUACUCUAGACAUCGAACGGUCUUCGAUCUACGCCCUCGUACAGGAUCUCUUUUCCAAAGCCGGGAUGGACGGGGUCUCCUGCGUGCUGCGUGCAGUAUGCGAGGUGGGCGCGGCUCCUCUGGACGAGUAUGGCCUGCUGGGAGAACUCAUAACACUCGUCUUCGCGCCGGGAUUCAGGCCGAGCGAGGAGCACCAGGACCACAUACAGGCCGAGCAGUAUGGCCGGAGCUAUGGAAGCUGCUGGUCAGCAUAUCCAGAUUGCCCGAUCUCCAUGCGAGAACAACUUUAUGCCUUCUUUAUGAACAACGCCAACAUUGCAGAGAACAAUUCGUCUUAGUAUUGUCGCGAAGACAGCGAGAUGAGACAGUACUUUAAAAAGUCAAUCGAUUAUCGAUUAUUUUAAAGUUUGACCAAGAGAAACUUGCCGUCGGUUCGGUUCGCUUGACAGGCAUUUAAAGCUACUGAUAUUCAUUAGCAUUCUCCUUUCCAGCUCCUACAGACAUCUACAAAUAUAACACUUGAGGUUUGUCGCAAAUUUAUCUCAGUUCAUCCGUGGGAGGGAACCAAGAAGCCUUGGAUAAGACUGCGUCAUAACGAUAACACUGAUGCGUCACAAGCUUUCCGUAAUAAAAAAAAAAUAUAUAUAUAUAUCAUGUGUGUGUGUGUGUGUGUGUGUGUGUGUGUGUGUGUGUGUGUGUGUGUGUGUGUGUCAUAUUUUGAAUUAUUUGUUCAAUAUAUUUUCAUGAAAUAAAACAUAUAAGUGCCAGUACCUGUAGAAAUAGUACCAAAAGAAUAAAAACUAAAUUUCCUCUCCCUGAACUUGUGAUGAAUAAAGAUAACUGCUGUUA